UGUUGCUUUUAAAGUUUCUAACAUUGGUAAUUUUUAUCCGUUCCCUGACUAGGAGCAAAUAUGUUGCGUUCUCGCCUGCCCCAAUUGGACACUGGCAGAUGAAUGGAGAGGUGAAAGGAAGGGACCUAUCUGGUAAUGGUAAUCAGGCUACAUUCAAGGGCCUCACCUAUACCACCGGGCCGACUGGUUUACAGAACGGGGCUGUACGUUUCCACGGUAACAGCACAUCAUACGCCUGGGUAACCAAGACCAGCGUCUUGGACGUUCGAAAGUACGGCGGUUUCAGUUUUGCGGGAUUUAUUAAAUCCCUGGGAGGAACGUCCGAGCCAUUAGUUGAAUGGCCUCGGGACUCGGACAACUCCAAAUACGGUUGUUACAUUUGGUGCCAUGGUAAACAGAACUUGCAUAUCAAUGUGUAUCAUACAAUUGCGGAUACACAUGCAGAUUUCCCCAGCUUGGUUUGUACCAAGAAUGUCUGGAAGUUCUUCGGGAUUUCUUACGACAAGUCAUCGGGAAAGGUUGUGGGUUUUAUGGAUGGUGUUACAGAGGUGAAAGUGGUUAAAAAGAAUGUGGCAGCAGACACGUCAACGGCUAGUAAGGUCUACUUCGGGUAUAGGCAACCGAGUAAUAUCUAUUCCAAGCAUUUCAAUGGCGGGAUGAGCUGUAUGAUGCUGUUCAACACUGCGCUGAAUGGAAGCGACUUCAAACGGGUCAGAAAGCUAUGCUUAAAGCGGAUGCAGCAAGAAGACGUGAGCGAUCCAAAAAAUUGGUACGAGCUCUACAAAAAUGGUCAGAAAAUACCAAGUGCAAGUCAACUCUCCGAGGCAGUGACGUCAUCGAAGUUUCACUGCAUGUCCAAAUGCAACGACAACGACAACUGUUGGUCAUUCUCUUUUACGCCCUCUAACGGAAAGUGUAUCUUAUCAACCGUUGAUUUCUUCCGUGACAAUGUCGAUUUCGAGUUAGAUCCAGGAAGUUAUAUUUAUUCGCUUUAUGUGAAUAUCUAAAAACUCGUAACACCGUGUAAUACAGAUCUUAGACACCAGAAGAGACAGUCCAGGGAAUUCAAAUUGUAUUGUACAUAUAUGAUCCAAGAAGGUCCUUGAUGUACAUGUAUAUAGCCAAUGUCGUUUAACAGAACAUGAAUCUAUAUUUCAAACAUGUAAAUGAGAAAAAGCCCGGACUUUUCCCAUAUUACCGAAAAAGUGUGAUAUGAUAAUGCGGUCAACAAGCACCAUAAUCAUCGUGUUGGUCAAUAACCCUAUGUAGUUCCGAUAAUUUCGACCGAGGUUUCGAAUGACGCCGUUACUGCAGAGCAGAUUUAAAUUGCCCUAUUACGCACCAUGCAAUAUUACACCGAAAUUGUCACACCGCUUUUUCCUGUGUAUGAAAAGCUACAAA